AGAGGUUUGCGGUAUUUGGAAAAUUGGCGCCAGUGUAUUGCGCAAUUUCCUUGCGAUGACUGCUCCUGCGAAUGCUUUAGCCUCCGAAGUUAUACGGAUAGCUCAUUAUCACUACAUACAUGUUAUAAAUUUGAAUACUAAUGUGACUCGAGUGGUCCUAGGACCUAAAACAUAUUUAUGCCUCCAAGACGAGAGUGUUGUUGUCGGUCCCACCAAGAUGAUUGUGGUUCCACCGAUGAAUUACUGCUUGAUCAAAAACCCAGUAGUCAGAACAGAGGAUGGGACGCCAGUGGUUGACCCUAGUGGUCAAGUAAAGCUUAAGGCGGGUGAUGAAGAAUAUCGGUUUCACCAAGAACCAUUCCCUUUGUACCCUGGUGAAGAGCUUAUAGGCUCUAUUGAGGCGUUACCAGUUGUUCCUGUUAAUAGCGCUUUUCUUCUUGAAAGCCUAAUGAACUGCGUCGAUCAUGAUGGUAUCGAACGGAUUGCAGGCGAGCGUUGGCUUUUCGAAGGACCUGGGACCUAUUUACCUCUAAAGGAAGUGAAGAUCAUCAAAUCAGUUGAGGCAGAGACCAUAGAGAGUAACACGGCGCUUUGUCUUGAGGCCACUCGGGAUUGUACAGGUCGCGAUGGCGUGAAACACGUCCACGGUGAUCGGUGGCUUGUGCGUAAACCAGGUGUAUAUUUGCCUGGGCCUUACGAGAAAGUAGUUGAAAAGAGAAUGGCCUACAAAGUGACGGAACAGGUCGCACUGCACAUACGUGCGAUAGCGUCGCAUGUGGAUGAAUUCGGCAAAAAACGUCGCUUUGGGGAUGAAUGGCUUAUCACAUCCAAGGACACUGAUAGUUAUAUUUGCAGUGUUUACCAAGAAGUCGUUUCGACAGUGGACAUCACUGUCCUCAGCGCACAUAAAUACUGCGUCAUAUUGAACCCAGUGGAUGCGGAUGGUGUACCACAGUUGGGAAAGAAAAAGCUUGUCACAGGAGAAACAUCCUUCUUUCUUAACCCUGGCGAACAGUUACAGUGUGAUGUGGAGGACACAUACAUUUUAAGGCAUGAUGAGGGACUGAUUUUGCGUGCCGAAGCGGAAUUCGUAGAUGAGCUGGAAUCGGUUGAAUUUCCUCCAGGUCAUGGUGACGGUGAGCCGGUGCGAAAGAAGCAAAUGGUGAUUCGGCGUCCCGGUGAUAGAUGGACGGUUCGUGGUCCCCUUGAAUAUGUUCCGCCGAUUGAAGUAGAAGUCUUCAGCCGCAUCUCUCUGAUUCCGUUGGAUCGCAACGAGGGCAUCUACGUUAGAAAUACAAAAACCGGGACAGUGCGCGCCGUAAUUGGGCAGGCCUAUAUGCUGACUGAAGACGAAGAACUAUGGGAAAAGAAACUGCCCCAAGAUGUCAUUGAUUUGCUGUCCAGCAACAAAGACCCAUUGGCAGAUCGCGGAGCUUACGCUUCUAAAAUGCGGUUGGCUGCCCCUGAAUCGCAGACCAGCAUUGAUCUGACGCGUGUGGUUACCUUCCAGGUGCCUCACAACGCUGCGGUUCAAGUCUACGACUAUAAGGAGAACAAAGCUCGUGUUGAAUUCGGUCCCACUCUCGUCAUGCUUGGUCCGGAUGAACAGUUUACAAGACUCAGCUUGAGCGGAGGCAAGCCAAAAAGACCAAAUGCGAUCAAGACUUUAUGUCUGCUGUUGGGUCCGGAUUUUUGCACUGACGUUGUUGUCGUGGAGACAGCGGAUCACGCUCGGUUGUCGCUACAGUUGUCCUACAAUUGGCAUUUUGCAGUCUCCAAACCGUGCAGCCAAGAAGAUGCAGCCAAACUAUUCUCUGUGCCGGACUUUAUCGGGGACGCGUGUAAGGCGAUUGCGUCCCGAAUUCGUGGAAAAGUUGCGUCUGUGAACUUCGACGACUUCCACCGUAAUUCUUGUCGACUUAUUCGCGUUGCUGUUUUCGGCGAGGGUACUGACAACAGAGUGCGAGAUCAAUUUGUGCUGCCCCAAAACAACCUCCAUAUUACUAGUGUUGAUGUCCAGUCUGUGGAACCAGUGGACCAACGGACACGAGAUUCUCUGCAAAAAUCGGUGCAGUUGGCCAUCGAGAUCACAACGAAUUCACAGGAGGCAGCAGCCCGGUAUGCUUACUUAGUCCAUUGUGUCACGUGUCAAUUGCAAUUCCUCAAUCAUGUUGCAUCAACCUUAGGUGACGGCAUGGCCAUCAUCAUCCUCCUUUUGGAUGUGCAAAAAGCGUUUGACUAUGUACCGCACAAACCAUCGUUGACCGUGAUGCAGUCCUACGGAGUUAUCAACCCUUUCUUGAGUUCAAUAUCUUGGAACAUAUUUGGAACCGAUCGGGAAGUCAUCAUUUCAGAAAACUUGGUAGACGACCGGUUAAUGUAUUUAUGGUGAUGGUUCGAACUAUAUCUUAACGGCUGAACACUGAGAGUACAUAUCGGUCAAUAUUGUUUCACUUCCAGAAAUGUCAUGAGCAGUGUUGUUCAUGGCCCAUUGCUUUUCCUCAUUUAUAAAAGCGAUGUAUGUGAUUACAUUAGCUACCGGCACCUAUUUAUGUUUGCGGAUGACAUCAAACUAGUGUACUCAUUUAGACCUGACCAUCUGGAUGCGUACUUAAAAAAUAUACGCAAGGACCUAACAUCCCAAAACAAAUGGGGCGAAAGCAGGCCAAUGAUGUCUACUGCAGAUAAAUCGUAGAUACUCUCUGCCACAGAUGCAGUAUACCAGAAGGACCCAUCACUCUCACUGGCACUCACAUCCCAACUACGUAUUCCGUUAGAUAUCUGGGAAUUCGAUAUGCGAGUAGCUUCGACUUCUCCGAACACAUUCUACAUCAAGUAGCGGAAGCGAAGCAACUAACAAACUACAUCACUAGGUCAUUUUCACUAUCCCAAACACGGCUUGAAUCAUUCAAACUCAUAACGCUAGCCACUUUAGAGUGUUGUAUCAUCGUACAUAGCCACUUACGUAAAAUGGAUAGAAAUGUCAUUUGGAAAACCCAAAGGUUUAUGGGGCCUUCAUCAACGCUCACCAUUGAGGACCGAUGUUCCUGCCUCCAGCUCGAUCCACUCUGGCUUCGACGGCUUAAAAGCAAUCCUACUCUUCCCUACAUUAUAAUAUAUUCGCCAGUUUUCCCAACCAAUACGGCCGUCGUUUUACAUAAUGGCCCAACCUUCCCUACUCGUAGUGAGAAAGGUCUACUGUUCUUACAGAGGACCAAGCACAAUAUCCGCUUAAAUUUCUUCCUGGGGAGGUACGCCCAUCUGAGUAAUAACUACCGGUACAAGUAAGGACCAGCGAGAGCCUGUUCAGUUUUAAAUCACAUGCAAAAACUUUUCUUUUCUUACCAUAUGUGGCAAAACUUUUCGAUCUACGCCAGUCCACGUGCGUAGCCAUGGAAUUUAGCCCGGAAACCAUACGACAAUAGUAACUAUAAAAUAAUUUCACUUAGUACAUACUCAUCAAAAGAUUGUAUAACUAUUCCAUAUUGAAUGCAGUUGAUAAAUGAAAUGAUGACGAAACUCGCUGUACAAAUGAUCAUUGCACAAACGGAAUGUAUUCUGCCCGUCGGGAAAUGUACCCAUUUAUUUAUUUAUUCAUAAUUUUCUCACGCUGUUUAGAGGUAUCUUACGUCACUCCUUGCUUCUUUCCACUUUCAACCAGCCACGAAGCAGAACGCGUUGAGCAGGAGGCUCGUGGCCGAUUAGAGCGCCAGAAAAUCUUGGAUGAAACGGCCGCGGAAGAGGCUCGUCGCAGUCUGCUCGAGACACGCGUUCAAUUGGCCGCUCUGGAGAGCACCGGACAAGCAAAAGCUGAGGCUAUGAGUCGCGCAGAAGCUAUGCGCAUUGAGGGUGAGGCGAAUGUAGAGCAGGCAAAGCUGCGCGCGGAAGCGUUGGCGAUCGAUACCGAUUCUGAAUUGGAACGAUUGAGGAAGGCACGUGCUAUGGAAUUGGAGUACGUCAAGGAGAAAGAUAGUAUCAAACUUCACACAUUAACUGAACAGAUGAAAGUGGAGGUUUCACGCUUCACAGCUAUGGUAAACGCUAUCGGGGCAGAAACCUUAAAGGCAAUCGCUAGUGCUGGCCCGGAGCAUAACAUACGUAUGCUAAGCGCUUUGGGUUUGCAAAGCACUCUUAUCACUGACGGAUCCACUCCGGUGAAUUUAUUAUCUACUGCUCACGGUUUGAUAGGGAAGAUGAUGGACCAGGACGGGUUUGAUCCCAAACGCAAAACCUUGCAGAAAAAAGCGAUUGCAGUGAAAACUCAAGAUGGCGCGACCCAAGAGGAAGAUGAAGAGGAUUCCGCUGUUGUUUCCUAACAGUAGAAACACAUUCUCCUUUUCCGGUUAAAUUUGUGACUUAUUUCUUAACUGGUUUCUUAGGCUUUAUUUCGCGUUUUCUUGUUGUGUUUGCUUCACCGCCGCCUCGCUUUCGUUAUAUCUUGCUUUUGAAAACUAUUUUUGGCAAAUAAUCCCUUUUCUGAAGU